GACACUGCGUCUCACCUGAACGCACCGCGACACGCCCAUACCUGUAAAAUCCAGGAAACUUGGGAAUGUCUGAAGGCUUUGUACAUUUUCUAGAGCUGUCGUCUUUUUCCCCGAUGAUCUAAUAUUGGAUAUUUAUUGAACAACACUUUUUACUUUGUAAAGUUAUCCGUCAUUUUGGACACCCCCGAGGGAUCCCUCCACUGGAGACUUGGUCCGUAAGAGCAGCUCCUGGGACCGGUUCUGCUCAGAAGCUCAGUACCUGUGCCUCAGACGUCUCUCAGUGCCCCGCUGCUCCCAGCUCAAACAGACCCCUGAAAUGGAGGAGAUAAUAUGGGAACAGUUCAGCGUUACGCUACAGCGGGACUCGAAGAUGGGCUUUGGGAUGGCCGUCUCCGGGGGCAGGGACAACCCCAACGCAGACAGCGGCGAGAUGUCCAUCGUCGUGUCCGACGUGCUGAAGGGGGGCCCGGCCGACGGCCUGCUGUUCGAGAAUGACCGGGUCAUUUUCGUGAACUCCACCCCCAUGGACAACGUACCUCAUGCUUUCGCCGUUCAGCAGCUGAGAAAAUGCGGGAAAGUGGCCAAAAUAGUGGUUAAGAGGCCGAAGAAGGUUCCGGUCAUCACAGUUAGACGCUCCCCCUCCCCCCCCGAUGACCGGGUCUUCGGCGGCGCCGACUACCACGACGACUACGACCGCCACAGCGUCUACAGCGCCCGGAGCGGCCACACGGACACCAGCUGGCAGGGGGGCUACCCCCGCGACCACAGCCCGGAGAGGGACCGGGGCGGCUACCUGGACCCGGAGUACCGGGGUCGCGACUACGACCGGGACCGCCCGUACGGUCGCGACGGCAGCCGCGGCAGGAGCCGGGACCGGGACCGGGACCGCAGCCCCGAGAGGGAGCCCCGGCGGGACGCCAGCAGGGGGCGCACCCUGGACCGGGAGCCCAGCCCCGAGGGCCGCUACCGCGGAGACCCCAGCCCCGCCCGGAGCUACCACCGCGAGCCCAGCUACGAGCGCGAGCGCGGGCGGGACCCCAGGUACGAGCCCCGCCCCCCGGAGCGGCUGCCCAGGACCCGCAGCAGGGACCGCCUGGAGGACCGCUCCCCCUCCCCCGAGCGCGCCCGCCUGCCCGAGCGCCUGCCCGAGCGCCUGCCCGAGCGCGAGCCGCUGGAGAAGCCCGUGGACGUCCUCCUGCUGAAGAACCGGCCCAACGAAGAGUACGGACUUCGUCUGGGCAGUCAGAUCUUCAUUAAAGAAAUGACCAACACUGGAUUGGCUUCCAAAGAUGGGAGCCUGCAAGAGGGAGAUAUCAUUCUGAAGAUGAAUGGCACGGUGACGGAGAACAUGUCUCUGAGCGACGCGGGGAAGCUGAUUGAGAAGUCCCGCGGGAGGCUGCAGCUGGUGGUGCAGAGGGACCGCAGACAGGUCCUGAUCCGAAUCCCGCCGAUGGUCGACAGCGACUCCGAGGCCGACGAUAUCUCUGAGAUCGAGUCGUAUCACUCCUACUCGCCCCAGGAAGACCGUCGCUCGCACCAUUCCGACCUCUCCUCUCAUUCGUCCACCGAGAGGCUACGGGAAAAGCCCAGGGAAGACCCCCCAAGUCGAUUGGCUAAAAUGGGUGCCAUGCCGACACCAUUCAGAAUCCCCGAUGACCACCUUCCUGUUGUGGAGAAGAGGGAGGAGCCACAAACACUGAAAUCUCCAGUAGAGGUCAUAAAAGAACGUCGUCCACAUGUCCCAAAGAUCCAACUCCGUCCCAGCGAAGAGGACCUGGAGCUGUACGGGCCCAACACGACGAUGGUGAAGUUCGUGAAGGGCGAAAGCGUGGGGCUGCGUCUGGCCGGGGGCAACGACGUGGGCAUCUUCAUCGCGGGGCUGCAGGAGGGCAGCCCCGCCGAGCAGGAGGGCCUUCGGACCGGGGACCAGAUCAUGAAGGUGAAUAACACAGACUUCCGAGGGAUGGUGAGGGAGGACGCCGUGCUCUUCCUGCUGGAGGUCCCCAAAGGAGAGGAGGUGACCAUCCUGGCGCAGAGCAAAGCCGACGUUUACAAGGACAUCGUGGCGUCGGGGCGCGGGGACUCCUUCUUCAUCCGGACGCACUUCGAGUACGAGAAGGAGAGCCCCCAGAGCCUGGCCUUCGGCCGCGGGCAGAUCUUCAAGGUGGUGGACACCCUGUACGACGGCAAGCUGGGCAGCUGGCUGGCCAUCCGCACCGGCAAGGACAACGAGCUGCUGGACAAGGGCAUCAUCCCCAACAAGAGCAGGGCAGAUCAGAUGGCCAACGUGCAGAACGCCCAGCGGGCAGCAGGGGGCGACAGAGGGGACUUCUGGAGGCUGAGGGGUCAAAGGGCAGCCAAAAAGAAGGACCUUCGCAAGAGCCGAGAGGACCUGAGCGCCAGUCCCGUCAUCACCCGCUUCCCUGCCUACGAGAAGGUGGUGCUGCGAGAGGCUGGGUUCAAAAGACCAGUGGCCCUGUAUGGACCAAUCGCAGAUGCAGCCAGCGAGAAGCUGGCAGCUGAGAUGCCUGAUCAGUUUGUCGUCGCCCGGACGGAGCCUAAAGAUGCAGGGGCAGAUCAGUCCUCUGGGGUGGUGAGGCUGAACACUAUUCGGCAGAUCAUUGAGCAGGACCGCCACGCCCUGCUGGACGUGGCCCCCAAGGCGGUGGACACGCUGAACUACACGCAGUGGUACCCCAUCGUCAUCUUCUUCAACCCCGACAGCAAGCAGGGCGUGAAGACCAUGAGGUCCCGGCUAAUGCCCUCGUCCAACCGCAGCUCCCGCAAGCUCUACGAGCACGCCGUCAAACUGAGGAAGACCUGCGCGCACCUCUUCACCGACACGAUUGACCUGAACUCCGCGAAUGACGCCUGGUACGGCAGUGUCAAAGACUCCAUCCUGAAUCAGCAGAACCAGGCCGUCUGGGUGUCCGAGGGCAAGCUGGAUGGCUCGGAGGACUUGGACCUGCAGGAGGACCGCAUGUCCUACCUGUCGUCCAUGAGCGCGGACUACCUGAGCAUGGACAGCCGGCUGGUCAGCGACUACGACGACACGGCGGACGAGGGCGGGGCCUACACCGACAACGAGCUGGACGAGAUGAUGGACGAGCCGCACGGCGAGCCGCAGGUGUCCGCCAUCAGCCGCUCCUCCGAGCCCGUCCUGCCCGAGGAGUUCCACAGGCCUGUGCCGGAGCCUCGGUCUCCCAUGAGGAGAUCGGGGAGCAGAGAGGUUCUGAGGGAACCCAGUCCCCCCCCGUCCUUCGUUCCUGAACCCCCCAAGCCCAGGGAGAGCAAAAAAGGGGGAAACUCCCACUCCACCACCCCAGUCAGCAGUGACCCAGACCGCAGCCUGGACUCCCGGCGCCCGCCGCCCCCCGUCGCCCUCAAACCCAGCCGUGGGUCCAGGGCGCUCCCCGACAACCUGCCGCCCCCACCCGAAUCCCCCGUGGAGAGUGCAGAGGACCCGGCCGGGAAGUCCUUCAUGGGGAAGGUGAAGGCCUUUCAGGAGAUGGAGCACCAGGCCCGAGCCCAGAGAAUUCUGGAGCUGCAGGAAGCCCAGAAUGCUAGGGUGGAAAUAGCCCAGAAGCAUCCGGACAUCUACGCCAUUCCAGCUAAACCACCAAAACCAGACCACAAUCGACCACAACCAAUAGGUUCCAGCUCCGCCCCUGAGCCGCAGGCCCCUCCCUCCAAGCCCGGGUACGAGAGCCGGCCGCACUUCCGCGGCGAGGAAGACGAAGAGGAGGAGUACCGCCGGCAGCUGGCCAAACAGACCAAGGGCUACUACUCUCAGGCGCAGAAGUACAAGGACACCGAACUGUAGACAGAGCCCCGCCCUGCGACCACGCCCCAACUUCGAGGGGCUCCGCCCCUAAAAAAAAACCACACCCAAGUGCCCCGGCGAUUAAAAUUGUUCCACAAAAGCUCAGCAUUUUCUCGACAAAUGAGUUUGGUCUCUCCGUCUGUCUGUCCGUCCGUCUGUCUGUGGGUGAGGCUUUAUUCCCCUAACACCUAUAGAGCUGAAUGAGAGUUUAUCACCGGUCACUUUUUUGAUACUUUUACUGCUAGCCGCCCAGCUACGCAAAACGUCCUCGCAAUGUUGCGGCCAUGCAGUGGCAAUGCUACAACGCUGACAAAACGUUCCAGUAACACUGCGAGAACAUUUUGGGCGUUAGCUGGGCGGUCCUAAGUAUUGUAUGCCAUCCAAGCUUUCCUGUCCCUGAAUUUUGGGUAAUAUGUGGCCUCUUAGCAUUUAAAUAUGUCACUUAUGUUACGCAGAAUUUUUUUUUAAAUUCCAGCCUGUUUAUAUGAUAAACUUUAUAAAUAAACUUUCAUCUGCCA